AUGAAUGGGGUGCAAAGAGACAUGAGGGAGGCUAAGGCCUGGGCUGCAGAGGCCAAGUCAGAUGCUGCAUCUGAGGACCAUAUCCCAGACCAAGAAUAUGACCUGGUGUCUCCCUACGAGGUUGACUACAGUGGCAACUACGUGUCCCACGAAAUCGCACACCCUCAGAGGAGGAAAAGGGCACUGGCCCAGCCUGGAGUGGACUCUCUUCACCUGCGGCUGAAAGGCUCCAGGCACGACUUCCACAUGGAACUGAAGACAUCCAGCCAUCUGGUGGCUCCUGGAUUCAUCGUACAGACACUGGGAAAGGGCGGCAUUAAGUCAGUGCAGGCUUUCCCACCUGAGGAUUUCUGUUUUUAUCAAGGCUCCUUACGAUCCCACAAAAAUUCCUCAGUGGCUCUUUCAACCUGCAAAGGUUUGUCAGGCAUGAUAAGAACACAAGAAGCAGAUUACUUCUUAAAGCCACUUCCUUCCCACCUAGCAGGACGACUCAAUGACUCUGCCAGGGGUGGGCCUCCUUCCCACAUACUGUACAAGAGAUCCACAGAGCCACAGGCUCCAAGGGGGCGCCAGGCAAUGAUGGUCCAGAGGCAGCGGGAGCUGGAAAAUCACCACCUCUUCUACCACGAAAAUCAAAAUCUGCAAGGUGGCUUUGACCUCGGGCACCCACAAAAGCAGCAUUUCUGUGGAAGACGCAAGAAAUACAUGCCCAAGCCUCCCAAGGAAGACCUUUUCAUCUUGCCUGAUGAGUACAAGUCUUGCUCACGGCACAAGCGCUCUCUGCUGAAGUCCCAUAGGAAUAAAGAACUGAAUGUGGAGACGUUGGUGGUGGUCGACAAAAAGAUGAUGCAAAAUCAUGGCCAUGAAAAUAUCACCACCUAUGUGCUGACAAUACUUAACAUGGUGUCUGCUUUAUUCAAAGAUGGAACAAUAGGAGGAAACAUCAACAUUGCAAUUGUAGGUCUGAUUCUUCUAGAAGAGGAACAGCCAGGGCUUGUGAUAAGCCAUCACGCGGAUCACACUUUAAGUAGCUUCUGCCAGUGGCAGUCUGGUUUGAUGGGGAAAGAUGGAACUCGCCAUGACCACGCCAUCUUACUCACAGGUCUGGACAUAUGCUCCUGGAAGAAUGAGCCCUGUGAUACUUUGGGAUUUGCGCCCAUAAGUGGAAUGUGUAGUAAAUAUCGCAGCUGUACGAUUAAUGAAGAUACAGGUCUUGGACUGGCUUUCACUAUCGCCCACGAGUCUGGACACAACUUUGGCAUGAUCCAUGAUGGAGAAGGGAACAUGUGCAAAAAGUCUGAGGGCAACAUAAUGUCCCCUACAUUAGCAGGACGCAAUGGGGUCUUCUCCUGGUCACCCUGCAGCCGCCAGUACCUGCACAAAUUUUUAAGCACUGCCCAAGCGACAUGCCUUGCUGAUCAGCCAAAGCCUGUGAAAGAAUACAAGUAUCCUGAGAAAUUGCCGGGACAGUUAUACGAUGCAAACACACAGUGCAAGUGGCAAUUUGGAGAGAAAGCCAAGCUUUGCAUGCUGGAUUUUAAAAAGGAUAUCUGUAAAGCCUUAUGGUGUCAUCGGAUUGGAAGGAAGUGUGAGACUAAAUUUAUGCCAGCAGCAGAAGGCACCAUUUGUGGGCAUGACAUGUGGUGCCGUGGAGGGCAGUGUGUGAAAUAUGGUGAUGAAGGCCCUAAGCCUACCCAUGGCCAUUGGUCAGACUGGUCUCCCUGGUCACCAUGCUCCAGGACCUGCGGAGGAGGGGUGUCCCACAGAGACCGCCUCUGCACUAAUCCCAAACCAUCCCAUGGCGGGAAGUUUUGUGAGGGCUCCACUCGCACUCUGAAGCUUUGCAACAGUCAGAAAUGUCCCCACGAUAGUGUUGACUUCCGUGCCAUGCAGUGUGCGGAAUACAACAGCAAACGGUUUCGAGGGUGGCACUACAAGUGGAAGCCUUACACGCAAGUAGAAGAUCAGGACUUAUGCAAACUCUACUGUAUCGCAGAAGGAUUUGAUUUCUUCUUUUCUUUGUCAAAUAAAGUCAAAGAUGGGACUCCAUGCUCGGAGGAUAGCCGUAAUGUUUGUAUAGAUGGGAUAUGUGAGAGAGUUGGAUGUGACAACAUCCUUGGAUCCAGUGCCGUGGAAGACUCUUGCGGUGUGUGCAAGGGGAAUAACUCAGACUGCACGGUGCACAAGGGCCUCUAUGCCAAGCACCACCGCACCAACCAGUAUUAUCAGAUGGUUACCAUUCCUUCGGGAGCCCGGAGUAUUCGCAUCUAUGAAAUGAAUGUAUCUACCUCCUACAUUGCUGUGCGCAAUGCCCUCAAAACAUACUACCUGAAUGGACACUGGACCGUGGACUGGCCCGGACGCUACAAGUUUUCAGGCACUGCCUUCAACUACCGACGGUCCCACAGGGAGCCGGAGAGCUUGACCUCUGCGGGGCCAACCAAUGAAACACUGAUCGUGGAGCUUCUGCUUCAGGGAAGGAACCCGGGCAUUGCCUGGGAAUACUCGGUGCCUCGGCGGGCCGGUGAGCAGAAGCCCAGUGCCCAGCCCAGCUACACGUGGGUCAUCGUCCGCUCCGAGUGCUCUGUUUCCUGUGGUGGGGGGCAGAUGACCACCCGAGAAGGCUGCUACAGAGACCUGAGGUUUCAAGUAAAUACGUCAUUCUGCAAUCCCAACACCCGGCCUGCCACAGGGGUGGUGCCUUGCAAAGUAUCUGCCUGUCCUCCCAGUUGGUCCGUGGGGAACUGGAGUACCUGCAGCAGGACGUGUGGUGGAGGGACACAGAGCCGAGUGGUCCAGUGCACGCAACGAGCCCAUUACAGAGCAGAGCGGGUCUCGGCCAGCCUGUGCCCACAGCCUGUCCCUGCCAGCCGACAGGCCUGCCGCCCCCAGAGCUGCCCGCCCACUUGGAGUGCUGGGCCCUGGGCAGAGUGCUCUCAAACCUGCGGGAAGGGAUGGAGGAAGAGGACCGUGGCCUGUAAGAGCACCAACCCCUCAGCCAGAGCACAGCUGCUGCCUGACGCCCUCUGCAGCUCAGAGCCCAAGCCCAGGACUCACGAAGCCUGUCCACUUAAGCGCUGCUACAAGCACAAGAAGCUGCAGUGGCUUGUGUCUGCCUGGUCCCAGUGCUCUGUUACAUGUGAAAGGGGAACACAGAAACGAUUCUUAAGAUGUGCUGAAAAGUACAUUUCUGGGAAGUACCGGGAGCUGACCUCAAAGAAGUGCUUGCAUUUGCCGCAGCCUGACCUGGAGCUGGAACGUGCCUGCGCCCAGUUCCCCUGCCCCAAGCACCCCUUGUUUGCUGCCACAGGCCCCCCGCGGGCCACCUGGUUUGCCUCGCCCUGGUCUCAGUGCACAGCUAGCUGUGGGGGUGGCGUGCAGACCAGGUCCGUGCAGUGCCUGGCAGGGGGCCGGCCAGCCGUGGGCUGCUUCAUUCACCAGAAGCCCGAAGCCUCCCUGGCCUGCAACACUCACUUCUGCCCCAUCGCAAAGAAGAAAGAUGCCGUCUGCAGAGACCACCUGCACUGGUGCUCCCUGGUGCCCCAGCACGGGAUGUGCAGCCACCAGUUCUACGGCCAGCAGUGCUGCGAGACUUGCUCCAAAUCCAACCUGUGA